UUCCACCAAAAAUUGUCAGUCAUCCACCUGAAACUAAGCUUCUGAGCGAAGGUGAGGAACUAAGGUUGGGUUGCAAAGCAACGGGCAAACCCAUACCCGAGGUCAGUUGGUACAAAGAUUAUGUGGAGUUAAUCGAGGGCAAAGGUUCUGCUGAAUAUCUCAAUCAGGAUGUUUCAAGAAGGGACAAUGGAAAUUAUAAAUGCGUGGCAAGAAAUAACGCAUCGCAAGUCGAGCAUACUGUUCAAGUUAUCGUACGAUGUAAGUAUGAUACCGAAACUGACUUUUCUUUUCAAGAGUAUAUAGCACUGGUUAGUAAAAAGACAUAAAUUUAACCAGAAGAAAUGAUAGUGAGUAUCUGCACCUAAAAUAAGGUGGUAGUCUAGUGUAGCUAGUAUAUAUUCCACAAAAAAAAACGGAUGACGUUUUGGGCAGGAAUAACCGAAAAGAAGUAAAAAACCGUCGACGAUUCGACCAACGCCCCUCGUCUGCAAGCUAUAUGGCUGACAGUUUUGCCAGAUCGAAACGCCCAAUUAAAUGAUCUAAUCUCAAAGGUACAGUUCAGCCUUUUGAAUGAUAGUUAUUAAUGUGAAUUUGUACAUUUGAAUAUGCAGGCAAGGCCUUCGUAAAAUUCUGUGAUAUUGUAAUGUAUCUCAACAUUUUUACUAACUUAUUUUACUAUGUCAUGCAUGGGAGAAAAUAAUUAUAUAACACUUCCAGAUAUUUUGAUUUGAAAUUUGACCCGAGCUUGUUGUCCAAUCUCUUCGUUUGAUUUUGUCCUCCAUAUAUUUUGGAACUUGUUGAGAUUCAAUUAGGAUGUAGAUUUUUUUGAAAAUUUACGAAACUCCAUCCUUGAAUUACAAGAAAAGUAUUCACAAUUUGACUCAAAUAAUUAUUAUUCAAUUAUUUUCAAAAUUGUAGAGUGUGCACAUGCUCACAUGGCGUUAAAACACGACAAAAAAGCUAUGCUCUGUCUUCGGAUAGUCCUCACUUAAACUUCGACAGUUUAUUAAUUAGUGGUCAGUGAUUUACUGGCGGUGUUUAGUUUCGCCCAAUGUCAAAUUCAAGUACACUCAAUUUUGCCAUAUAAAUUGUUUGAAUCGUGUGGUUAACGUCGAGGUUAACGUCAUGCCGCAGAAUAUAUACAUACCAAGCAGCCACGCCUGGAUAUUUUAUAUUAUUUUCUAACAAAAUGAAAAUCAAACCAGGUUAUAACUUCAACUAAAUUGAAAUCCAUGCCCACGCAAAUAUUGAAAUAUAACCACCUCCUAUAUUAGGAUAUAUAAAAAUAGUUUAAUUCCUAAAUAACUAUAUCAAUAUUAACAAUGUACAAAUUGUUUCAUUGUUAUGGUAUUUAUUACUAUAUCAAUACUAACAAUGUACAAAUUGAUUCAUACAAGGUGUAUAUCAAAGGAAGGUAAUCCCAAUUUAGCUUGUUCGUCUGCGUUACAUAUUGAGUUCAUCGAUAAAAUGUUUCCUACUCACUGGAAAAUUUCGAAAUACGGGUAGUAUAAAAGUUGCUGCUCGAAAUCACAUUUUCCCACUGUUGGGGAUUCGGCGCAAAAAUUCCAAAUUAAAUCCAAUUUCGGUUUCGACUUGCAAUGUUAUUUCAUCUAGAUAAACCUGUUGGCACGAAAAUUAAAACGGACGCCAAGAGUGACACAUUGGAAACAGGAGAAGAUCUCAAGAUUGUUUGCGAAGCGGAUUCUAAACCGAAUCCAAUCUUCGACUUGUUCCAUCACUCGGAGGUUGGCUUGGGGAGAGAAGUUGUUAAAGUUCAAACAACAGAAACUGGCGAGUUCUACAUCAAGAAUAUCAAACCGAGCCAAAGAGGGAAUUAUUCAUGCAUACCGCAUAAUAACGUGGGUCAAGGUGCAGAAGCUUUAGUUCGUGUAUUUGUACGAUGUGAGUAGAUAUUAUUUAUAUAUGAUGAGAAGGAAUCAUAAUUCGAAUGAUUGAAAAUAGGAUGAAACAUGUGUAGGAUGGGCAAUGAUCACGUGUGGCCAAUGGGAUAUAGAUACCCAAGAAUUAGUUAGACGAUUCGAUGGAGUCUAUAAUCCCACUGAACAGAAGUGUUCAUUGUCAAUCCUAUACAUGUUCCAUAUUAUCAGACUUAUAACAUGAUCACAUUCACGAACAAUUAGUAUACUCUAUAUCUGAUUAUUAAGCUCUGUUAGUGGCGUAGCCAAGGGGAAGGGGGGGGGGGAUAAGUUGUGCGAAUAAUGAUACCCAUCUCUUCCGUUUACCAAUAAAUGUUCUAGUGUUCCAUAUCUGCAAUCCUAACUCCAGUAAAACAAUGCCUAUGCAUAUGGUUGUUGAAAGCACAUUUGAACUUGAAUUGGUGCGCAUGGCGGUAUGCAGUCAUGGCAGACUUCUACCAAAACAAACACACCUUGCUAUUUUUCUGUUGUGUUUACGUGUACAGUACAAUGCUUCACAUAAAUAUUUUCGAUCUAACAACAUUCGGCGACUUAAAAAUGCGUUUUUCUAAUGAAUCUAGAAUUUCUUCUACAAAAAAGCAUUCAAUAUUCAUAAAUAAGUCCUAUCGGCUAGAGGGAUUCUCUUCAAACUCGUAGCCAGGCUUUGUAAAACAGCCUGGGUACGAGCAUGGAUUCACUUUAGAGCAGGUCUGCUUUAAUAUUACGGUGUUAUUCUAAUAUAAAAAAAACAUCACAUCGAAAUUGGAUGGUCUUAUUUGAGACCUCUUACCAAAAUGUUCGAUAUAUUUUUAUAGUUUCCCCAGUAAUAAGGAAAUUAUCGCCAACAAAGCUGAACUUAACUAAGAACGAGCCUCUGUUAAUCUCCUGUGACAUAGAAGGCUACCCUUUACCUCAACUCACGUGGACGGAUGGGAACGGCAAGAAUAUUGGGAGUGAACGCAUCUUCAAGAUACCUCACGUACACGAGAGUGAUCAGGGAGUUUAUACCUGUUCAGCAAGUAAUGGUAUCUUACCCAACGCAAACAAAAGUGUUCACAUCAAAGUAUUUU